CGUGGCUGGCCCUUUGUUCCUGCGGAGCAAUACCAGCUCCCGCGCCAGGCGCGCGUUCCAGGGAUGCGCUGAGGCUUUCUCGCUAUGGGUGGCGAGUGCUUCAAGAGGCUCAAAGAAGCGGAGGGCAUCGUGGCGGCCUUUCUUUGCUCACUCGUGUACACGGCGCUGCUCGCCAGCAACAAACAGCUGCAGUCUUUGGACUGGCCUUAUUUCUUCAUCUCCGGAAGCGCGGCUUUGCUGGUGAGUCUCUUCAAUUUGGCGCAUCUGUGGUGGCGGAGACUUUUGCAUGUGCCUUCUGACGUGAAGUGGGUGAUUUUGCGCGGAAGCCUCGGCAGCACGAGCAACUGUCUGAGCGUCUUUGCUGUUCUGGCAGGGGCUCAUGUGGGUUCCAUCGCUGCCUUGCGGAGCGCCAACUCCAUUGUUGCCUCCUUGGGAACGGUGGCGCUGGGAGAGGAGUUCGGAUGGAUGCACCUUGUGUCUGUGACUCUGUUCGUGCUGGGUGCCGUUCUGACAGCAGACCCAGAAGAAGUUCUGGCCACGCUGGGCUCGACCUUGCUUGGCAAUGGCCUGGCCCUGGCGAGCGGCAUUUGCAACGGUUGCGCCUUCCUCACUGGAAGGAAGGUGAAGGAUGUCCAUCCUUCCUUUCUGAUCAUCUCCAAUACGUUGCACACGUGGAUUCUGUGCUGGACUUUGCACUUCGUUCUUCGAGUGCCCGACGAAAGCUUCCAAUCCAUGGAAGGAGUCCACCUUCAGAGCAUAAUGCUCUUGCUUUGCAUUCCAAUGAUCAUGCACUUUCUUCCCACCUUCAGCUCCAUCGCGUCUCAGAAAUGUUCCGCCGCUGUUGCCACCACCGUCAUCACCGCUACGAACAUGCUGCUAGGCUAUGGCCUGGACUAUUUGCUGUACCAGCGUCUGGUACAGCGUCUGACCUUUGUGGGCGCGAUUCUGAUCUUCCUGGCGGUGCUAACCAUGCUGCUGACGCAAGUGAGGCGGGAUUCUGUCAAGGACAAGCUGCCUGUGGACGAGGAGAUAUCGAAUCUGUCGCUGCUGGAUACUGAGCAUGCUGGACAGAAAACGUGCAUCUGAGCUGCGGCUGUGUACAAAGAUACAUAUUAUUUUCGCCGCCAUUGUGGCGUAGGAACUGCGGCAUUAUUGUGCUUUCCCUUUUGCAACUUAACAUGCAACCCAGAA